GGUACCAGCGACUGACUCAGGCUGACUGACCGACCGACCGACCGACCGACGAAGGCGGAAAGAGCAGGCGGAUGAAUAAGAGCACGCGCGCGCAGCUUUUGCCGAGACUUGUUUUUUUUUAUCUUUUUUGAGGCCCACCAAUUAGAAAAGGAUAAAGAAAGAAAAAUAAAAACAAAGAAACCUUCGAAGCGACCGGGGUUUAAAUCUGGAUCCUCCAACUCUGCGGGCGGGUGUCUUAUAGUCAGUUCGAUCACCGUAGCACUUGAUAAUAUUUAUCGCAAUAACCGGUGAUGUGAAAUAAACAUAAACGGCCGACGCAUAUGUACAAUGUAAACGAUAACUAACAGGAUUGGGAAUUUCCAUGGGAAUUUUUAUAUACGCGUCGGCCGAAUCGGUUAUUGUGGCAAAUAUUAUCAAGUGUCACGAUGAUUAAACUGGCUAAGGCGCCCGCCUGACAACAAGCGCUCACUCAACUGUUGAAGCAUUCUUCUAGAUCAUCUGCAUCAUGAUCCAGACCUUUAGAUCUAGAAUAAUACACCAGUAGCAGCGAGCGCUCAUUCAAGUGUUGAACACUUAAGAGUCUGCUGAACGCGUGCAAUGACCGCAUCAGCAAUCCUGAAAAAAUUGUUCCAGACAAAAUAUGUUCUAACACGUGUUCACGGAGAGACUCUAGCAUCCAUGUUUCGUCCCCAUGACGAGAGACGCGCCGUGCGCAAACAAUCUCAAUCGUAUUCGAGAACAGUCUUAUGCGAAAAUCGUAAGCAAACAUGCCAGAAACGAGUACCCUGUCGAAACGGAAUCCGGGUCCGCGAACCGCGGCCGUCACCAAGGUGGAGACUAAGCUGCCCCGAUGCGUGCAACGUAGAUUACCGUACGCCCCGGUACCCGUAAAAUGUCAUCCACGCUCGAGCCCAUACCGAUGCAUCGAUCAUCGCGUAUCCAGGAAACAACCCUACAGACUUGCGGUCGGGCUAUCAGUGCCUAGAACCAAUCGCGGACCGCCGAUUCCGAAGAGUUGCUCCGACCGAUGUCCGCCCGGCUUCCUGGCCAUUGGCACUCCUCGCUGCAAGAAGAGUCUGUCGAUGAUGGACUUGACCCUGCCCGUCGCCAAUCCCGACAUCGGCGAUCUCAAAUCAGAGAGCGAAUCCUCUGCCAGUCGUUUCGAUGAAAUCGACAGGACCAAAGACAUCUUGGUGAACGGCGGUAACACCUACUGCAGCGGCAGAUCUUGGACGGACGCUACGCCAUCCUCGGAGUCUGAGCAGGGUGAGGCUACCAGUCCGACGGAGGAUCCAACGAUCAAGGCGGCAAACGUAGUAUGCCACGUACUGGUGCUAAAUGCGUGGCGACGCAGACGCGCCGAGAUCGCACAGCUCGAGCAACAGGUGGAACAUCUGCACCUGCAGAUCGAGUUCCUGCGCCGAUUGCUGCUUGCCGAGAACGACCGGGUCAGCAGGCUGAACAGCGAGCUGCAUCGCGAGAAGUUGCAGCUCGAAGAGGUGACGCGCGACCGCGACGCCGUCAAAUCGGAAAAAGAAAAGCUGAAGAUUGAACUAAAGCGCGUCGAGGAAGUCUCUCAGGAGCGAUCGGUCACUGUGGGAAACUUGAGAAACGAGCUCCUGACUGCCCAGGAUCAGUUAAAAGCGCUUGAUGCGCAGAUGGUGAAGGAUCGAGAGAAGCUCUUAAAAUUACGAGAAGAUAAAAGGAUUCUUCUGGAUAAAGUGUCAGCUAGCGAGGCACUGGCGACAGAACGUGGUGGCAGAGCAGAUAAAGCGGAAUCCGCGGUUGAGGAGUUACAGUUGCGAUUAGUGGCUCAGAUAUCUCUUGCCGAGUCUUUGCAGGAACAGCUGCAGCGUACGUCUAGGGAGCUGCAAACUGCGAUGACCGAGAAACAGAGAUUGGAGAAACGUCUGAAAGCUAGCGAGGGUAAUGCGAAGACUCUAAGUUUACGCGCGAUUUCUCUGGAGAGUCAGUUGGCUGAUCGAGAAGCUGAACUCCGUCGCCUUGAAAUGGAAUAUCAUUCGCAAAUGACGGAAUUAAGUGAGCUGAGAGAGCGAUUGUUGCGACAAUCUCAAGAGGGUGGCUGGAGCAGUCGGAUAUUGCAGGUCGCCGGUAGCAUCAUGCGCAUGUCUAUUCUACGGACUUUCACAUUUCUAUCCAGUGCUACUCUGCCAUUGCCGCCGUAGAUAAAGAGCUUAAACAUGAUCACAAUUUUCCGGGAUAUAAUCCGGCUUUAAUCGGAGGAAACCGAAUCAAAGAUACCGUUCGUUCGGGAGAAAUGCCUUCGGUCGCGAGGAAGAGGAUGUUCUGUGAUCGGAGUGCAGAUAGGAGACUAACAAGGACGGGCGCUCGCAGGGCAGUUGAAAAAUUGACAAGCAUCAGCAUUUCCUACAACAUUUAAAAUAUGUAAUUUUUUUUUAGCUAAUAUUUAAUUUUUGAGGAGUAGAGAUUUUAUUUAUAUACGCUUGUCACAACACACACGUAUACCGUACACAUACCGCAGGCAAGAUAAGCGGUUUUAUUACGCCACGUUGGCAUUUCGAUUUAUAGACUAAAUUUUUCUUUUUCGUAAAUUGUGGAAGCAAGAAGAUGGAUGUAAUGGGCAGAGAACUUAAGAGGAUUUAUUGAAUAAAUGGAUAUGCCUUUUUAA